GAAAAAAAUCCCGUGUGAAAGUAUGAGCACCACUACUGGAACCUAUUCUUUGCUUGUGUCUUUGAUGCUGUUGUUUUAUACACGGUGUGAGAAAGUAUCACCCAGACCAGGACUGAAAACAUUCCGGGAUGAUUACAAGAGUGUGGAAGAGACUUGUCGUUCUGUUGGAUUUGUCAGAAUAGAUUGUAAAGGUAAUGAAACGAAAAAUGCGGAUAAACAGAUGGUUGCCUUUGAUGUCAGAUUAAAGAACCAUAAACGAAAUCUUGCUACAAAAACAAAGGUCGUGUUCGAAUCGGUUGACUUGAACGAAGGACAAGGAUACAACGCUUCUACUGGUAUCUUCACCGCGCCCUAUGGAGGACUGUACGUGUUCGACUGGACUACUCUAGCCUGGCAAGGCCAGGUUGCAUUCACUGCUCUCGCAGUAAAUAGCUCCUACAAAUCUUGGAAUCAUUGUCAUGAUAUUAACUCCAAAACCUGGCUUCCCUGUAGCAAGAUGACGGUUGUAAGGCUGAAUCAAGGUGACAAGGUUUGGAUUGGGGUCUUCAGUGGACCAGCAAAUAUGUAUCGUCAAUACACUUCGUUUUCUGGCUAUAAACUAUAAUGACUGCUGAGUUGAGAUUAAAAUUAAUU